UUUGCACAUGGUUGACAAUUGUUUAAUAUUCUUAUAAAAACCAUUGUACAAUCAGUGACAAUGCUACAUUAUAAUGAUAGUGUGUUUAUAAUGUUAUGUUUUCACAUUAUAUGCUGCAUUACUGCCUUUAACAUUGUUUUAUUCCCUAAAUUUAGAAUAAAAAAUGUCGUCAGAAGAACCAAUGCAGGUUGCAACAGCUGAGGAGGUACAGCCUACACCUGAAGCAGCUGAAGUUAAAGAUGAACCAAUUGCAACAAUUGAAGACACACCUGUAGUCAGUACACCACAGACUGUGAAUACGCUACUUGUGAGCACCCCACCUCCAAGUACUACGCCAGUCAGUACGCCUGCCUUGACAGAAAAUAUAAAGAAAAUCAUUAGCGAAGAAAAAGAAGCUGUAAAUAAACCUAAAGCAAAAUCUGAUGUGCAAUCCUUGCCCACGAGACAGUAUCUUGACCACUCAGUUGUUCCUAUUCUUCUACAGGCUUUGACAGCUCUCUCCAAAGAAAGGCCUGCAGAUCCGAUUGACUUUGUUGCAGCGUACCUGAUGAAGAAUAAACAUUUGUACCAACAGUCUUGACAAGAGGACAUUACGUGAUCUCGUUUUCAUGUCGUUCAUUAAUUAAAAUUUGUUAAAAUUUUGCGAAGAGACUUGAGAAAGAGACAUUUUUUAAGGAUGUGUUGUAAAUAUGCUUUAUAUGUGCGAAAAAAUAUCCUUUUAGCAAGGGUAGCAAA